CAGUUAAAGUGGUAGUGAUGUCCAAAUUUCAAAAACCUCUGACAAGCAGGACUGUAAAUUACAGCUAUCUUGCAACCAGGGGCGGACUGACAACUAAUGGGGCCCCCCGGGCAAUAGGGGAUCAUGGGGCCCCUGUGUCCUUGCCCAAACUCAAAAAAGCCUAUGAAAAAGGUAGCAGGGGCAUCUCAUGGGGCCCCCUACUGACCCCGGGCCCUCGGGCAGUGCCCGAGUUUCCAAAUGGUCAGUCCGCCCCUGCUUGCAACAACUGA